UGUCUCUCCUCAUUCAGUCCGGGCCAGGCUCCCAGGCUGACGGUAAGCUGGUUAACGGAUCUCACGGCUGUUAUUAUUAUGGAACGGGGAUAUGUUUCCCGUCACAAAUGGACAAACGGUGUGUGGAAAUGCCUCAACGUCUUAUUCUUCUGCUGAAUGAGCAUAUCAGUUUGGAUUUUAUCUUCAAGAAAGUUUAAAUCAACUGGCGCUCUUUUGAGUUCUCUUCUAACGUGUGUAGGAAUGUAAGCUAAUUUUCCCAACUUUUUUCUAAUGGAUACAGAGACAUUAUCGGAGUAUUUACAUACGUUUUUGUGAUGUUUUAGGGUAUUUCUUUUGAGGUGGAAGUGGACUAACGUUAUUCCAUCUCGUCUCGGACAGGUUUUCAUCACCUAACGUUAGCUAGCGGAAUGUUUUUUUCUGGCCAUCUCAACGGUUCCAGUAGUUUUGUUGCGUUUACGUGAAUUUUGAAAAUCAAAAUGAUUUCGGAGGAGAGAAGCAGCCACGUAAAUAAACAAGCCCUAAACUUCCCAGUGGGUUUACUGCUCCGCUCUCCAAAGAAGCGACUAGCCAAACUGGGGAGGAAACCCAGCAAUGGAUCUGUCCAGUCCAACAACUCGGACAUCACUAUCCGCUCCACAGAGAGUGUUGGUGUCCGGCAGCCGGCCAAGAGCAAAAUCCGCCGCCACAACAACAGGAUUUCAACUGUUUUUAACCACAGCCCAAACAGUGGACGCCGCCCCCAGGCACUGGGCAGCGGGCACCUGACUGCUGACUGCCAGGCUGCAGACGACCCGGCAGAGCUGUCCAGUCUGAUGUCUGUCCCUGGCAUCCUGAAGAUUUUUGGCAGCGACAUCUGUCAGGGGACCAACUAUAAGAGCGUGCUGGCCACCACACAGUCCAGUGCAGAGGAGCUGGUGAAGGAGGCCUUGGAGAGGUACUGCCUGGAGAAAGAAGACGCCAACAACUACGUUCUCUGCGAUGUGAUCGGCAAGACGGGCGCAGACAACCAGUGGAGGAGGGAGUGUUUCCGGGUGGUGGGGGACAACGAGAAGCCCCUCAUGCUGCAGUCACUUUGGAAACCCAAGGAAGGCUUCUCCAGGCGUUUUGAAAUCCAGCUGAGAGCGAGCGUUGAAGAGCAAAGCUUAAAGGACAGAGACACAGUCACAGCAGGCAUCAAUGCCCAGGCUCGUAAGCUCCAGAAGAGCCGCUCCAGAGUGACCUCGCUGUUUGUGGAUGGCAGCGGGGAGGAUGUGGACGGACUCAGCAUUUGGAGGAGUCUGAGCGAGAUGGAUCUGUCUGCGAUGGGGAAGGAGGCCAGCCGGGCCCAACAGAGCGCGCUCAGAGAGGAUCCAGAGGCCGAGGCUGACAAGGAGGUCCUGCGACUGGGCAUGGAAAAGGAGGAGACGGAGAGCAGCGACGACAACUCCACCCAGUACUCCAUUCACCCACCCUUUGACUUCCCAUAUUUCCUGCUACUGCAGGGCUACAGCCACAGACAGGAUUUUGUCAUCUACCUAAUGAGUGGGACCACCACUAUCUUUGGCUGCUGCAGGGAGCACUGUAACGGAGAAGACGAGGAAAGAUUAAAGGUGGACAUCCUUCUUUUUGCUCCAGAUGUGUUGCCUCAACACUGCUGUGUCAGACGCCUGGACUCCUCCACAGGGGAGCACAGGAAGACCUUGACAAUGCUAAAGCCCCUUCACGGUGCUCCUGUGACCAGAAAUGGUUUCCUCCUUAAAGAGGAGGUGGAACUGAACCCAGGGGACUUGGUGGGCUUGGGAAAACACUACCUGUUCAUGUUUAAGGAUCCUACCAGCACAUCGGGAUCCCCUCCCUGGAUGACCACACUCUGCCCGAACGCGGAUACAAAGACAUCAUCCUCUUGUUUAUCAUGUGGCUCCUCUGUUACCGUCAAAAAGCUCAAGAGAAAGCCUUUACCCCCUCUUUGGAGGGACCUGGAGGGCACAGAGGCCGUGGUAAUAUAUGAGCUAGAGCAAGAAGAGAGGGUCCUGCAGGAGAUUUUGGACAUGUUGGACCCCAGUGGAAGUGAACCAAAACUGACGCCUGCUUUCCUGCUGAGCCUCUGCAUUCAGCACUCAGCCGCCACGUUUGAGCUGACACACUUCAGGCAGCUUCUGCUCCGGAUAGCCAGCCAGAUCCAGCUCGUUAUGUGGGAGAAGACAAAGGAACUUGCAGCCAUCCAAACAGAAAUGAGCUCCAGUGACGGGCAGCACGAGCAUGUUCAGUUGCCCAGCAUGGAGGAGCUGAUCCCAGGUCUGCAGCCUCUGGUGCUGUGGAUGGCCAACUCCAUCGAACUGCUGCACUUCAUCCAGCAUGACGUCCCUCAGCUGCUGCCCUGGAGCCAGGGCCAGGAGGACGAAGGUCUGUUGGACUCUGAGAUGUCCUCUACUCGCACAGCCUGUGAGGAAGCCAUGACAGUCCUGGAGGAAGUCAUCAUGUUCACCUUCCAGCAGUCCGUCUACUAUCUAACAAAGAGUAUGUAUUCAACCUUGCCUGGUCUGCUGGAUGGCAACCCGUUCUCAGAGGGCGGUCAGCUGCGAGUGCCUGAUGGACUCGCCAGCAUCCUGGAGGUGCUGAAGGAAGCACUGAAGCUUCUCACAGCCUUCCAGGUCCACCCAGACAUCUCGCUACAACUCUGUGCCUACCUGUUCUUCUUCAUCAACGCAUCGCUGUUCAACGCCCUCAUGGAGAGAGGAUCUGUUGCUGGGUUCUACCAGUGGUCCCGGGGUGUUCAGAUCCGGGCCAACCUGGACCUGCUGAUGGACUGGAUCCAGAGCAUCGGUCUGGGCGAUCUGGCCAGCGAGUUCUUCCAGAAGCUUUCUGCUGCUGUCAAUCUGCUGGCCACACCCAAAGAAACACUCCUGCAGGCGUCCUGGGCCUCUCUUAGGACUGAAUUUGCUGCCCUGAACGCUGCUCAGCUUCACCACAUGCUGAGGGAGUACAGCUCGGUUAAAGCCUGUCCUGCCGGAUGGACCCCGUCCCCAGAUGAAGCAGAGGACACUGUCAGGACGGCCGACAUCCUGGAGAGCUUUGACAACCACCCACCGCUCAUCCUGCCCAGCAGCACCUUUCACCUGGAGCUGGGUAAACCCGUCGUGGAGCCCGCUCUGUUCCAACAGCUCGGUCAUCUGCAGGAGUUCAUACGCCGACUCCCCCUCAGGGAAACCCAAGUCGAGCCCGAUGCCGAGGAACAGGACUCUGCCCAUCAGGGGGUCUCUGACCCGGUUACCUGCCCCUCCCCUGAGUUAGACCGGGACUAUAGCCACGCUGCAGACCCGCCUCAGGCCAGAGAAUCACUUGGUGACCUGAAUGGCUGUGAGGCAGUCCUGACCCAGAAGCUGAGGAGCCUGGAGCUACAGAACACCCUCACAGGACAGGCUGACAUGACUUACCACAAGAGCCUGGCACUGGACCCGUCCUGCCUGCUGACGCCGCCCAACACCCCGCAGGGUAUGGAGUUGGCCGAGCUGGAGGCUGAUUUGCAGGAGGGCGCCCGCCAGCAGCAGAAAGCCAGUGGAUGUGAUGAGAGGAAGACCGAGAAUGUAGAAGAAAAAGAAGAUGAAGAAGAAGACAGGGAGGAAGUGUUCACGGCAGAGCUUCACAGAGGACCUCACGGUCUCGGCCUGGCGCUCGUGGACGGGACGAAAACGCAGCUGAGAAUAAGUGGCAUUUUUGUGAAGUCAGUGGUUCCCGACUCGCCUGCCGCUCAGUGUCAGAAACUGAGAACUGGCGACCGCAUCCUGGCUGUUAACGGCAUCAGUGUGGUCGGUAUGGAGUAUAACACUGGUAGAGAACUGAUCCGAUCAUCAGGAGACUCUCUCAGACUGCUGGUGGCCAAAAUCAACUCAAAGACGGGCAACAGGAGCUCGGCUACGACUAAAUGCUGAAGGAAGAGCUGCGCGUGGACAAUCAAGUGCAAUUGGGAAUACUGUGGGACGUUUGGUUCAUCUUACCUGCCGCAUCCAAGUCAAGUCAGUCUAUCUCACAGGAUUACGGAGAAACACAACCGGCUUCUGUUUUCAGUGCGUCGAGACAAUCCACCCAAAGCAGCAGGACUGACUCGAGACUGAGGGCACGGUCAAGAUUUUAAAAAGCUCGUUCUGCUGUGACAGCUCCUUUCUGCCCUAAAAACAAACUCUGCGACGGGCUCGCCUCCACACUCAUAAACCAUGAGGCUUUGGCAGUGGGGAAAGUAGCAGUUGUGAAACAUCUAUUUGAAUGUCUGAGUACACAGCAUUCUGUCUGAAGAGCUUCAUCAAGCUGCUCCACGAUCAAGAUUCAUGUCUGGCAACAACUGGAAUUAUUCAUUUGUUAAUGAUGGCUAUUUUGUUAUUUUAAUCGUGAAACAGUUUAUUUUACAAUGAAAGAACCUCCGUUUUACCCCAUUUUUUUCCUUAGCUAAAGUCUUACUAAGUAAAAGAUCUGUCAUUGGACAUCACCUACGGACAAAUAUAUUCAUUUAUAUUUGAUGUAAUGACAUACUGAGAUCAAGAGGAAUUAUCUAAACUUACCUUAUUUUUUUGUUGUUUUGAAGAAAAAAACAAGUCAGAAAAUAGGAUUUUUCUCUCUUGCAUUUUAGCAGUUUUUCAUUUUCAUUGUGGCCUUCAGCGCGUCGCACACAUCUUUCCACUGUGAAAGCUCCACUUUUAGAUGGCAUGACAGUAGUGAUCUGUUACAGCAGCAGGGCACGGUGAUGGGUAACAAUAAACGUCCAGGAUUAAACAACAAGAGUCAGGUUCAAACUUUUAACCUGACUGUCCUUUAAUCAGUUUUUAGACGUUGAAUCACGAAUGGAGGAACACUUUAUUGUAGCUAUCUGUGGGCAUCCAGAGCUCUGUAGUACUCUAUUGUUUACAGAGACUAGUAAAAGGAGCUUUCUGGGGGAAAGGUAAGUGUGGAAGUUGGACUACCUGGUUCUGAAAUUAUGUGUAGGUCGUUGUGUUGAUGCAGCAGUGUUAGCAAGCCCUGAUCGAUCAAAACUUUAUUUAGAAAACAAGCAUUCUAAAUGUUGUUUGUUUGUCGUCUUACAGACAGAUCCGACAACGUAGGAAUUCAGACUUUUUACAAAUGGGCAUCGUUAUUACAGUAUUUUGGCAUACUUUUGAUUCGUGUGUUGCAUUUAAAAAA